AUGGCAGACCCUAAACCACUUCCGUUUCAAUACCAAUUUGCUGCUGGCGCCGUUGCUGGUGUAUCAGAAAUCUUGGUUAUGUACCCGCUCGAUGUGGUUAAAACAAGACAACAAUUGGACUCCACUGGAGCCUAUAACGGUACGAUUCGGUGUUUGAGAAAGAUUGUCGCCGAAGAGGGUUUUUCUCGUCUUUAUAAGGGAAUUUCUGCUCCAAUUUUGAUGGAAGCACCCAAAAGGGCUACCAAAUUUGCUGCUAAUGAUGAAUGGGGAAAGAUUUAUAGAUCAUUUUUUGGCGUUCUGACCAUGAGUCAGCCUUUGGCUAUCUUGACUGGAGCCACGGCCGGUGCCACGGAGUCGUUCGUUGUUGUUCCGUUCGAAUUGAUCAAGAUCAAGUUGCAAGAUAAAACGUCUCGGUUCAACGGAAUGGGAGAAGUGGUUAAAGAUAUCGUCAAGAACAACGGUGUUCUCGGUUUGUAUAAAGGUUUGGAGUCCACUUUGUGGAGACACAUCUGGUGGAAUGCUGGAUACUUUGGUUUGAUUCACCAGGUGAGAUCGUUGAUGCCAAAACCAAAAACCGCAUCUGAAAAAACCUUGAUUGACCUUACUUGUGGUACCAUUGGUGGUACUUUUGGUACCGUAUUGAACACACCAUUCGAUGUCGUCAAGUCCCGAAUUCAAGCUGGUUCAACUAGAUACAGAUGGACGUUUCCUUCCGUUUUGCUUGUCGCAAAAGAGGAAGGUUUUGCAGCAUUAUACAAAGGUUUCAUUCCCAAGGUGUUGAGAUUGGGUCCCGGUGGAGGUAUCUUGUUGGUGGUGUUCACCACUUGUAUGGAUUUCUUUAGAACCAUUCAUGAAAAGAAAUAA